UCACAUUAUACCGAUAGCCACCUAUUCAUUCGCACGUGUCGUUUAUCGAAUCAAGUUAUUACUGUUGUGUACGUAAUUUAUAAAAACAAUCAUGGAAAAAAGAUUUCUAAAAUUAUUUUUUCUUGUUUAUAGUUUGGAAUACGCCGCUUGCUACGUACCCCAAACACGUGAAUCAUACGAUACUAUAGUCAUAGGUGUCGGAUCAUCUGGGACCACAGCAGCUUCUACUUUAGCUAAAGCUGGAAAAAGAGUUCUUGCAUUGGAAGCUGAAGACAGAAUUGGUGGUAGAAUAAAAACAGUGCCCUUUGGCGACGGAGUUGUAGAGCUUGGAGCCGAAUGGAUCCAUGGUUCAGAACAUAGCCGAGUCUAUGAGACGGCCGUAAAAAAUAACAUAUCGGUAUAUCCUGAAGAUUCAAAUUUCAAAGUAUUCAAAUCGGAUGGCAAUGAGGGUAACAAAGAAUUAAUUCAAGAACUUUUGACAUUUUCUUUAGAGACUGUUGCCCCACCGUCGCAUAAGCCUGAACCACUUGGAAACUUCGUUACCAAAAAAUUAACGGAUUACCUUGAAAAGAAACAUCCCGAAGUUUUGAAUGACCAAGAAUUCAUAGACGAGUUUUUAGAUUUAGCAAACUUCAUCGUCAAUAGUUAUCAGGCGUCCAGUGAUUGGAACGAUGUCACAACUGAUUCGGAUUAUGAAGCGCUUGAAGGAAAUCAAGAAAUAAGUUGGCACCGAUAUGGCUAUAAAACAUUUCUCGAGUUACUAUUAAAUACGUACAAUAAUGGACCUGGCUGGCCAUCAUUAGAAAUUAAGCUUAAUAAAGAAGUCACUUUAAUUAAGUGGCCGAAAAAUUCGACUGGCGAUGUGGAAGUGCUAUGCAAAGAUGGAUCCGUAUACACGGCUAAUAAUGUAAUUGUUACUGUAUCUCUGGGAGUGCUGAAAGAAAGGCAUUCGACCAUGUUCUCACCGCCUCUUCCCGAAAGAAAAGCAACUGUUAUAGACAAAUUAACCAUCGGAGUUGUGGGUAAAACAAUAUUUUCUUUCCCACACGCUUGGUGGCCUGACGUUACACAGUUUAUUCUGUUUUGGUCCUCCGAAGAUCGAGAGGUGUAUAAAGAUAAUCCGUGGGUACUACAAUUAAAAAGUGUGGGUAAGCCAUUGGGAUGUGACAAUUCGUUGAGUCUCUGGGCCAAUGGAGAUAUCGCUAAAUUGAUAGAAACAUUACCAGAAGAUGUAGUAAGGACUAAAAUGAUGGAAGUUUUAAAAAAGUUUCUUGGUAAAAACGUGACUGUACCAGAACCAACCGAUAUGAUAAGGUCACAGUGGUUUUCUAAUCCAUUCACAAGGGGUAGCUACACGUAUGACAACCUCCUGAAACCUGACUACCCCAAUGCUCGCGCAAUUUUAGGAGAGCCAUUACUUGAUGCUUUAGGAAACCCCAAGGUGUUGUUUGCGGGAGAGGCAACUGAUUUAAUUCAUUUUUCUACUGUGCACGGAGCAAGCGAGUCCGGAUAUAGAGAAGCUUCGAGAUUAUUACCUACUACAUAAUAGCUACAAGCAAUAUUGGUUAUUAGUCCUUCAAUGUGUUUUGUCUUUGACGGUGACGGUUUUUACAUUGUUAUACUAAUAAUAUAAUGAAAUAAAGUUACAAAGUAA